GAUAUGUGGCGAAACUACAGUGACAUGAGGGAAGCCAACUGGAAAACUGCAGGCAAUUACUUUGAUGCUAGAGGAAACUGUGAUGCUCCCCAGGGAGGAUCAGGGGGCUAAUGGGCAGCUGACGUUAUCAGAUGA